UGCGUACGUAGUGGCUCUCGCAAUCCGAAGUACCAUCGAGGCCGCGCAGCACGGGCCACGAAAGAUCCAACAUCAAAGCCAUGACAUCCGUAGUCAGUUUGGCUCAAACGUUAUGACUCGUGUGUUGCCUUAGCAACACAGUCCAAGUCGAACCGCGUACCUUGUGCUUUACCGCUAAAUGGUGGCAUUUCUGAAUUAUGGUCUUACAUGGUUUCUUGUUUCGCGGAUCCACUUUGCAUUGUCUUUAAGUCAGACACCAGUUCCAGAAUUUGUGACGAAAAGUAUCGACAGCGAGAAGAGGCAGUUCCAGUCCGUGCUAAUCAUUGGGUCUUCCGUCGAUAGGUACGCCGUGGGCAUGAAUUACCCGCACCAGACCUUCACGUUCAAGUCCUUCAAGUUGCAGCACAACGUCGUCUUCGACGACAAACGCAAUACCGGCGUGGCGGUCCUUCAGCAUCCAGGCGUGGGCCUCAACGGAAAUUUGGAGGAGCCGUUCUGGAACCCUGGCAUUGGCCACACCACAGUGAAAACCAACGCAAAGAGGCCCGCAGGGACGAAGCCCCCAGGGACCGCAUGGGAGUCCCCGCAGGAGGCGAGCUGGCAAUAUCAGCCCACGUAUAAGGUCAUCCAGGCAGCACCCGAACUUGCUCGCACCGCUUUCGGGCAAGCGCCAGACCUGGUCGUGGUCGAGUCUUCGCUGUGGGAUUUGGCCACUUGGUGGCAGCAAUUGGGCCAUCGAGCCACGCCCAAGCGAUUGCAGCACUGGUGCAAUCACGAUCUGCCGUACCUGCUAAAGAAUGUAACGGACAUUUUCAAGCAGAGCCGAGUCGUCUUCCGGACCGCGCCGACGGUCGCCUUGUGGAACAACGAGAGGUGGACGCAGGCGGAUUUCGAUGCGUUGCACGACUGCGUCAAACGCAGGUCGGCAGGCACGGGCAAGGUCUUCGAGAACGUCGGGGUGAUCGAUUACCACCAGAUCAUGGAUACUCUCAUUUCGAGUACGGCCAAGGACAGCCUCGAUGGCCUCUGGAAGCCAGACGGGUACCACCCAUCGGCGGUGCCUGGGCGCCUGUACCUCAACGAGAUCUUCAAGCUCCUCGGAGUGCAGCCGCUGACGGCUCCUGAAUAUGGGCGCCGUGUUUUCGGCGAGAAUGAGGAUUUUUAUGUGGAGGCCGACGAUGUUUUCUAGGGGCUCACGAGUGCCACCAUAUUGCAUCUUUUAUCAAGAGUCUUCCUUCGCCAAGCUCCGCGAGACGCGGACAGGAUGGCGGUCGCGGUUCAACAGAUCGAUGAGACAAAAGCCCA